ACACCAUUGAAAUAUGUCGGACAAAAGAAAAGAGAAAGCAACAAAAUUGUCGAGAAGGAACAAAAAACGCCAUCAACCCCAAAGAAAGGACGGCGCUCGAGCAAGAUUGUUCAGGAACGGCUAGGAGAUGGUGCGGAUUCAAAAACGCUACCGCCUAUCAUUCAAGAUGUGACUACGCAGCAAACCGACGAUACACUGGUUUUACGAGAAAUGGACGAUGUUCUCAAUGUGACUGCUCCAAACAACGGGCAACGGAGUAUCGCUGCUACACCUACUCCAGCUUUUGUUCAAAGAAUUGCCGGUACACCAGGCAUAUUGAAGAAGGUGGAUAGCCCCUCAACAGCUGAGAAAAAGCUUCGGCGAGUUCAUUUCGGAGGAACAUUGGAGAAUAAUGCACUUGAUGUAACUACUGAUGAUCCGCUCAAAGCGAUA